AUGAACAUUACUACGGACCAAGUUCAAAUUCAGGACACUUACCAGCAAGCUGUUAUAAAAAAUAUUGUUAUUGUUUCUCUUGGCCUAGUCAUUAAUUGCAUAAAUGGGAUGUUAGUUGUCACUUUCUUCCACAAUACUGUAUUUCACAGUGACCCAAGGUACAUUCUCUAUAUUAACCUUGUAAUCAAUGACAUUCUCAUGAUUUGCAUAUCAGUGACUUUGUAUGUUUUGACAUAUACAUUGCCUAAUGUAAAUGUUUCUGUUUGCUGUACACUGUUAGUAUUAGGUUCAACUACUCAUAUGAAUACUCCUUUGAUUUUGGCUGGGAUGGCAAUAGAGCGCUACAUUGCCAUUGGUAAACCACUACAUCAUUCUCAGAUCUGCACAGUGAACAGGACUUACAUUCUCAUCUGUUUGAUUUGGACAAUCGGAGCUGUUCCUCCAAUAGUCGAUAUUAUCAUUAUUGCAGCAGUGAAAUCUAUUUCUUUUUUUAAUUCUGUCAUCUACUGCCAACCAGUUAUUGUAUACAACACAAUGUAUAAUGUACAAAAGACAAUUGCUACACAGUGCUUUUAUAUGUCUGUUGUGUGGAUAACAAUAAUCUACACUUACUUUAGAGUUCUUUUUAUUGCUAGAAUAGCCUCAUCUGGCUAUCAUCAAACUUCAGCUAAAAAGGCACGGAAUACCAUCCUUUUACACGGUGUUCAGCUAAUGUUGUGCAUGUUGUCUUAUGUAGCCCCUGUUUUGGAUAUGGUGCUCAUCCCAUUUUUCCCAGCUCAUCGAAGACUCAUUGCCUUCAUUAAUUAUCUGCUUACAAACAUUAUACCAAGGCUCCUGAGUCCUCUGAUCUAUGGAAUUCGAGAUCAGAAGUUUGUGAGGCAUAUCAAAGGCUACUUUUCCUGUAAAGUUGUUGGAAAGGUCAUACCAUAA